AUGUGUGACGUUUCGGUAGCACGCAAUACGGCGAAUAUCUUCCAACACGCAUUGAACACCGCGCUUUUGGAACCGGCUAGUUCCCUACAUCAAAUCAUCAAAAGUAGGGACGAGUACGAUGAAGAGUCCUUUUCAGAAGUAUAUGAGCAAACUGUUGAGGAUGCGAUCAAAACCUUACCAUUGCUGACCUGCUCAAGGCCAUGUAGCGGUAUCUUGAGAUUGCAGCUUCAAGCCAUGGUAUUUUUGCACACGUUGAGCACGACCUUGGUAUUCUCUAAAGACGUUGCAAGAGAAAAGUUGCUCCACGACUUUAGGGUUAUGUUGGCAGAUAAUGACUUUCUCAGUGAAGAUUCUAUACAAGCAAUCUAUCGAGUCUAUGAGAUGCUGCCGAUUCACUUGAGGCCUAAUGGUGCGGACGACGCGACUUUUGCUGUUCAAUACUUCCCGAGCACCUACAACUAGGGCAAUCAUGCUAGACAUUGGCUGGGGAAAGAAGGCCCUGAGUUCUUCGAGAAGAAUCCAAGAGAAAUCUUGGCUGUCAACAUAGGGAGACAGUAUAUGUUUUCGUCGUCCAGCCAACUGAGCCUGGCGGUAUCCCGCUGGGGAAGCUUCAACAUAGAGUCCUCGGUCUCUGUAUUACAGGGACACAAAUGUGACGACAUUGAUAUGGAUCUUGGAGACAACAUCACGUCGAGACUCGCAUGUCGACGUGAAGCUCGUAACAACGAUGCUUGCACUGGGGAUUUCUACAUGUGGGACGGCGUUGGCCAAUGCAGUUGUUGCACUGCAGAUGCACAGUUUAUCAAAGACGAGGGGUGGUCAAUUCACAAGUACAGAACAAAUGAUGCACCUCAAGUGCCCACAGCUCUUCCCCUUUCAUGGUGGCUGUUGAACGUUGAUGCUCUCACCGAUAUCGAAACCUCUACUUCCACAUUUUAUGAAUACAAUGACGACGGAGAGGUUGUUCCAAUUUGUGUCAAUGUAUGGCGAGAUGAUAAUGGACGAAUUGAAACGAUAGAGGUCCCAGGCUGUGGUCUUCUCGACUUCACCUAUGCCACUGACGACGAGUUCUUAGUGGACGCUGUUACGGAUAAUGCACUUGCAUGUCGUCCAGUUCUAUCGCACACGGUUUGCAAUAGACCGAUAGAAGAAGAUGAUGGAGACGAAAACUCGAAAACAAGAGAACCAAGACUGAGUGCAAGCGGGGUGGCACCGGUCUUCAACGCAAAGUUGGUUAUUUUUAGUGCUUUACUUUUGGGGGUCAGCAGUUUGAAAUAG